UCAUAUUUUGUUUCAUUUACUAUAACUAUAACAUAUUUCUAUCUAAAAUUGUCUAUUUUGUAUUACAUGUAUUUCAUAAUUUAGAUUCUUAUUGACAAUUUUUUUGCUAGUUUUUUUUUAAGGUUACAGGCUGUGGUAUAAGCAGUUUUGAUUAAGGCAUAAGUAACAGGUGGAUUAUUUUUAUUUGUGCAUCUUUCAAAUAGAGCUUUUUCAAUGCUAGAGCUAAUGUUAGCAUUUCUAAAUAAACAGUGACUGGUUAUUUUGUGUACAUGUACAUAUUUACAGAGCCCCUAUUAUGGGUUUUUGAGAAUGACCUUCCAUGUAGUGUGUAACACAGCUCUAAGUGAAGUAAAAUAUCCAGCUGAGGCCUAAAUCUGUAAGUGGACAGUGUUUAAAACUAUUGAUUCAUCUAUAAAAGAGUUGACUCAUAAUGGUUCAAAUGAAUCGUCUUGAUAACGAGUCCUUAGCCGUUUCGGUGUGACGUCAAUAUGAAACUUAAGCUCCACCCAGUUGUUGCACAUGCAAACUCGGGAAAAUUUAAACCUGUGGCCCCGCCCACAAACACUGUAGCAAAAAAAAAAAAAUGAGGAAGACACGCAUUGUAUUCAGAAAAGAAUUAGACAAGUCUAUUGAUGUGUGGGACUUUGUCAAAGCUCGACAGGAACUUUAUCAGUACAUGGAUCAGUGGAUCCAGGAUCAGUGAGAUGUCGGAACUACUAUGAGUGUUUCGGGUGGCCGUACCAAAGUGCUAAGAACUUGGUGGGGAGAUGUUGUCUAAUGUUAUGCUAUUUUUAGAUAAAUAUCCAAUACACUUUGGAAAGAAGUCCUAGUUCUCCUCGUUCUGUAUGUCCUGAUCAGGAUUAUUUGCUGAUUAUAAAUAGAGCAUAGCAGUUUCUUUUUCUCUCCAACAUCACUAACUAAACAAACUGAGCUUCAGAGAUAAACACAGAUCUUCAUCUUUCUGAGAGUUGUGUGGAGGUGAAUUUAGGUGACAGUGACAAAGUCAAUUAAUAAAUUCAGUUUCAUUUUCAUUUGCAUAUUUACACAACUUUUAUAUUUCCAUCCAGGUUCAAAAUUUAACAGUGAUGUGUAAAUUAAAGGCAGUUAUUGUAAUAAUAAGCCAGACUCUCUGACUCUUACAGGCAUGUGCUUCAUGUGAAAACAUCACAUGAAUAAAACAUCUCACACGUCUCCUGUGAAGUGGAAUUAUCAGACGUUUCUCAGAAGAACUCUAACAUGGGCAACAAACAGUCAACCUCAAACCCUGGCUACACAUUAGUAAAGAGUAACGAUGAGAAGAUCCUGGCGAAAAAUGAAAGUGGUGAUCAGUUUGCGGUUAAAAAGCUCAGAGCUGGACAGGAAAAGGAUGUGAACUUUCUGCUGCAUCUUAAUCAUCCACACAUCGUCCAUCACAAGGAGAUCAUCAGAGAUGGUGACUGUAUAUAUCUAGUACUGGACUACUUUGAGGCUGAAGAUCUCGCUGAGAAAAUAAAACACAAAACACAGACAGCAGGACAAUUUUCUGAGAAAGAGAUUUUGGACUGGACUGUGCAGAUCUGUAUGGCUUUAAAAUACCUGCAUGAUCAACAGAUCCUACAUAAAGACCUGCAGCCCAAAAGCUUAUUAUUCACUGCAUGUGGGACCAUUCGUUUGGGAGAGUUUGAUAAAAAGUUCACUGAUGCACCAACAGCAGAAUCUGAAUCUCUUGCAAAUGUUGCACCUGAGAUAUUAAGUGGCAAAUCUUAUAAUAAGAAAAGUGAAAUCUGGAGGUUGGGAUGUGUUAUAAAUGAGAUGUGCACACUAAGGAGGGCUUUUUCAUCAAGAAACUCAGAUGAGAUUGUUAAAAAGAUACGCAGAAGCUCCUAUGAACAUCUUCCUGAGAACUUCUCUGAGGAUCUGCAUGAGCUGAUAAAAGACACCCUUCAGGUUAGGCCAGCGGACCGUCCGUCUGUCAGUGAGAUCCUAAAGAGGCCUUUUAUCAUCAAACACCUUAACAAAAUGAGCAAACAAACUAUAGAAGAGCUUAAUAAAAGUCUAGAUGAACUGAGAACACUGGCUAAUGACUUAGAAAAGAUCCACUUCAACACAACAGUCGGCAGUCUUGCAGGAGGAGUGAUAGGACUGGUUGGAGGUAUAUUAUCUGUGGUGGGACUUAUUUUGACUCCAUUCACACUCGGAGCAUCUCUGAUAGUGACAGGAGUGGGAGUCGGCGUAGCAACUGCUGGUGGAGUAACAGCUGGAGUGAGCAAUGUGACAAAGAUAGUUAAUCAGCGUUCAAACCGACAAAAUGUCAAAAUGCUAAUAACAAUGAUACAAGAAAAAAUUACGUCCACAAGCUGCUGCAUCCAAAACAUCCAGAUAGCAGUUGGCACCAAACUAAAAGAGUUUCCUGAAAGCGAUCAACCACAGUCAAAUGCACAGUCUGAAAACAGUGAUAAACAGACUUUGGCAAGUGGAGCUCGACUUGGACGAGGACUGGCAGGAAUCUCAGAGCUUGCCCGUUUAGUUGAAGUCGCAUCAGUUGGGAAAGUUGCAGCUCAGACUGCAAGAGUUGCUCGUGUAGCUGAAGUGGCUACUGGAGUUUUAUCUGGACUGUUCAUAGCUGUUGACGUCUUCUUUAUUGCUCUCGACGCCAAAGAAAUUCACGACCUCCGCCAAGAUACAGCUUCAAGUGAGACUCAACAAGAACCAGAAAAUGCAGCAUCAAAUAGAGGUCAAAGCCCAGAGACAACUAAUGACACGUCUGAACAGAGCAAGACAAAGAAUCUGACAAACACAAAGAAAAAAGAGCAAGAGCUGCGGACUGAGAUUAUGAAAUUUGUGAAAACAAUAAGGGAGACAGAGAAAGAGCUGAGCAACAUUCUUGAUGAAUUAAGAGAAGAGCUGCAAGAACUACAACCAAAAAUACCAAACUCAUAUGAUGAUGAUGAUGAGCUGAUGAUGAUGAUGAACAGGAGUCGCCUGUCCUUUCAGUAAAGGGUUACCAUGUAUCUUGGGCUUUUAGCUUCCCGUAGAUCACAUUUACUGCAUAAUACUAGCAAUGCCAAUAUUGUGAGUUUGUUGUCCCGGAAAGCAAGAACUAUUAAAAUGUGUACUUUCACUCCCUCACUA